AUGGUUGCCAUGGUAUUGACCAGCGGCGCGUGCCCGUAUACGCUGCCGACGAAUGCGACGCUCCUCGUCGCCGACGCCAUGUGCCUUCAGGCGCGCGCAACAGUCUGCGUCGUCGCGCCCGUGGCCAGCGCAACGGUCGGCCACGCCUGCAACGUGACCAAGACCUUUCCAGAUGCGCAGACGACGUUCACGGACAUGACGCUGCUGGGCGACGUCCGCAGCUACACGGCGCCGUCGCUGACGCUAAAGGGCGUCGCGGCCACCAGCAUCGACCUCAGCAGCAUGCAGCUCUCGCCGUCCAUUCGCACCUUGGCGUUGCAGGGCUAUGCGUCGCUGCGUGGCUGGCCGGCGCUGCCCUCGACACUCACCACGCUGAAGGUGCUAAAUGUCGGUAUGACGGCGCCGCCAUCGGUCACGGCGGCCAGCAGCCUCACGGCCUUGGAUCUCAGCGGCAACAAGCUCACGAGUCUGGCCUCAAACGCACUCCCGACGUCGCUCACUAGCCUGAACCUCGCAUCCAACCAGCUCUCUGCCUUUGGCGCGCUGGACGGCCUUCGCUUGACCUCGCUCAAUUUGGACGAAAACCCGCUCCAGACGAUCGAGAAUCUGAAAAUGACGUCGGACGCGCCGGCCUUCUCGUGCGCCAAGUGCAGUCUCUCGAGCUUCUCGAUGGACCGGACGACGUACGACGGCCUCUCGCGGCUUGCGGCGCCCGCAAGCUUUGCGUUUGCACCGCCGACCAAUUGCGCUGGAUCGAUCGAAGAUCUAUGGGGCAUGAAGGCGUGUGUACUUGGCGCCAAAGCGCUCAACAUCAGCGUCAUCAUUGCCGGCUGCAUUGGCGCGGCGGUCGUCCUCGCGGUCGCCGCGUUCAUCUACUGCCGCCACUACAAGCACAAGCGCGAGGCCAAGAAGAUGGCGCGGGAGAACGACACGGCGUACGUGCUACAGGUCAAGGACCUCCAAACCAUGCGCGACAUUGAUUUGCUCGGGGACUUCCGCCUUCCGCUCGACCAAGUCGUGGUCCUCGACCGCCUCAGCACCGGGGACCUCUGGAAAGGCCUGUACGAGGGCCACGUCGUCUCGAUCCGGUACCUCUUUAUCUCGUCGUCGACCACGUCCGAGAUGCAGGCCGGGAUUCAGCAAGUGUUGGCCGCAACCCGACUGGACAGCCGCUACGUGCUCUCGCUGCACGGUGUCUCGUGGACAACGCCAAAGGACCUGAUGCUCGUCCAAGAGUUCAUGGACAUGGGCGACCUCCAAAUGUAUCUGCGGAAUCUCAACGCGCAGCAGAUCCAGUGGAAGUGGAAGACCAAGACGCUCGAGCAGAUCGUGAGUGCGCUCGCGUACCUUCACCACACGGCCAACUUUGUGCACGGGCACGUCUGCGCAGCCAACGUCCUCCUCGACGGCGUCAAGGGCGCCAAGCUCAUGAUGCUCGAUGCCCAAGCGCCGAGCAGCAGCUUCCGCCACAUGGCCCCCGAGGUAUUGCGCGGCGAGCCGUUCUCAGCGGCCGCCGACAUCUUCUCCCUUGGUCUCCUCCUCUCGGAGCUGGACACACACGAUGUGCCGUACGGCCAUUGGACCGACCACGAUGGCUAUGACGACCUUGACGACGAGGACGACGAGGACAAGAUGACAACGUCGCAUGACCAAGCCGAGGAAGACAAGCGGCUCAUGCAGCGCAUCAUGGACGGUGACGUGGCGCCCGUGUUUACACCGGCGUGUCCGUCGUGGGUGCAGUCGCUCGCGACUCGCUGCUUGUCGCCCGACCCGCUCGAUCGGCCAAGUGCUGCGACCAUAUUGCACGAACUCGAAACGACGCGCGCGUCGUACUACUAGAUCGCAUAGUCGUACGUAGUUGACGUUAGAAUAGGUUAGGUUUAAGGUUAUGACGGAAUAAAUAAGGCGACUUUACGAGACGAGCAG